AUUUUUUUUUCGUGUCCGGGUGGCAAAUGUAUCAGCAAUGGAAAAAGUCUACUCAAUCUAUCUCCGAGUAUGUUAAUCGAGGUUGAAUCGCACUAAACGCAAGCAGUUAUCGGCGCUAUUCGGCGAGUGUGUGAAUUUUGGCCGUCAAUUCACUUCCUCGGUAACGUGCGGCUUCUUUACAGCAGGUUGAAACAUCGAACGCAGGUUGAAACCACGAACGCGUGGAUUUUGUCCAAUUGCCGGCGACCCGGGCGAGAAGAACGCAGACAAUACCCAACGCAAGAUAAACAAUUGAGCCCAGCCAUCCACAGUCUCCACCCAUACGCGCCACUCGCCGCCUCGAACCCCACUCGGUCGUUCUUGUCCAGUCUCAGACUCCUCGUAUCCGUGCAACGUGCUUGUUCGCAGCUCGACGUCUGCCAAUAGCUACAAGAUGCAGCAGAACCCCGGCGGAAGCGGCGGGAUGCCGCGACGCUCGCUAAUGAUGCCAUUCCCGCCCCAGCCAGGAGAUCCCUACCACCAGCCACCACAUUCACAGCCGGAAACGACAAGCUUUCCGCAGUAUCCGCUCCCGAUGGAGCCCUCCAUGCGAAGCUACCAGCAGCCGACGCAUCAGCUGCCACAACAAGGACGCUACUGGCAGGGCAUUGACGCGCCGAGCUAUUCGAAACAGAGACGCCACGGCAGCAGCAUGGACUUGGGGGAGUUUGGAGGCAUUCUAGACCCCGACACCGCCCAAGGCGGCAAUGAAACUGCGACGUCCGGCAGAACACCGUCCGACGCAGUGUCCGAGAUGAGCGUGACCAGUUUCGACGUGAACUCUUUCCAUGACGGUGUGGUAGGAUCAGGUGGAGCUUCAACGGGGGACUCAAGGGCGUGGAACCCACCCAUAGCAGCGGCUUCGGCGCAUUCGAGGCCACCAGCUACGCCCACAGAAUCGAAACAGUCUCGUUUGGCGACGAACAGGAAGUCAACAGGAUCCACUCGACCUUCGUCUGAUGCUGACACCGAAGCUCAAGUAGAUGCCGCAUACACCCAAUUCAGCGAGUCUAACGAACUCGAUCUGCGGACUGAAACACUCGCCAAAGACAGGAGCGAGAGGUGCCAGUUUCCCGACUGCCCGAAUCGAGCUCGAGUGUCUCAAUCGUACGGCAAAUUCUGCAACCGACACGUGAUUGUUGCUCCCUGUGGCUUUCCUGGUUGUCGGGACAAGGCAAUGGAGAGAGCUGCAAUGUGCGCAACACAUAUGGAGCAAGGUAAAGAGGCGCUGCAGGAGAUCUUGAAGGCGCGCCCGCAGAAUGUGCCUGUAUGCAAAAUGUCGGGGUGCUUUAAGAACGACCAAGGCCGCGGUUACUGCCGUGGCCAUGAGAAAUUGUUGAUGGCUACUGGACGCUUGCCACCGCACAUCAAUAAGCGCCGCCUCAACAGUGCGUACACUAUGUGUAGCUAUCCUGACUGUAACAAGCAUUCUCAACGACAUCACUUGUGCCGAACCCACGGAAAUCUAAUCAUAAAACAAGCUCAGGAGCUGGCAGAUCGACCUGGAACCACUGAAAGUUACGAGGAAAUUCUAGCCAGGAUGCAGAAAGAUAUACGUCGAUGCACACACGAGAAUUGCUCGAAAAACUCACAGCGAGAUCGACUGUGCACGACGCACUACUAUGAAAAACACCAUUUGCAAAAGGAUGAUUCAACGUCGACUUCGACAUCAAAACGCAGAGAUGACUCAGGUAAACCAAGAGCACGGAACCGAGACGCGAGCGAUGAUCGAGUUAUUGAGGGGGCUCGCUGCAGUAAGCCAGGCUGUGGAAAUCUGUCGUACUCUGCUGGAUUGUGUGUGGAACAUACCAAAGAAAUCCAGAGUUUGACUCAGAAUCAAAGCCGCUAUGGAGAGCCGUUCUCGUCCGGGGAGAAUAGUAGCAUCUUUUCGGAUGACGUUGAUAGUGAAGCAAAACCCGGCGUAUUCGUUUUGAACGACAAACCACAAACCAGCAGUGUCCCGUUUUCAGCGGACAUGACAUCGACGACAAACAUUAGCCACACGAAGUGCUCGAAUCCUAUGUGCGAUCGAGAAAGUUAUGACCGCGAUUAUUGCGAAGCGUGUCAACGACUUUUCUCGCCGCUUGUGGUGUCGAUAAAUUCCAGCCCUUCUGGAUAUCCGCUUAAUCCUACGAGUGUUGGUGUCAGUCAACCCGAUGGAAAGGUUUUAUUGUGUCGCGUGAGCAAUUGCGGCCAAGAUUCUGUCCGCGGUGGAUUGUGUUCAGCGCAUCUUCGAGCGUUUAGAACAGGGUCGUUAUCUGUGGACAAUCUGAAAUUGGAUUCUCAGGCGCAACAAUUGCAACGUGAACAGGAGUUGGCAGAAGCGGCAGCAGUCGCUGCUGCAGCGGCCGAAGCAAAACAAGCGAGUCCCUCGGCGUCUGGUAAGACGAGGAAAUAUUACUGCAGAGUUGAUGGGUGCGGCAAGCAGGCUCAGAAGCGAAACCUUUGCAAGCGUCACUAUCGUCUGCAAGAGGUUGUUCCUACUGGCAAGUUGCAGACAGAAGCUUCAUCGAGUGGGCCGUUGAGUAACUAUAUGCCUGGAGUGCCGCAGACAGAAUAUUCUCAGCCCACCAUAAACUGCCAGUUUCCAAGUUGCUCACAAAUCGCUUGCGGUGGUACUCUAUUGUGCUUAGCACACUCCAAAGCCACGUUCUGCUGGCAGCCAGGAUGCGAAAACCUUGUGGGUUACCAACAGUUCUGCGAGUUUCACGCGUUUCGGCAGCAAUGCGCAUUCGAAGGUUGCAUGUACAGCGCUGAGCGAAAUUACAGUGGCUGUGCGAACCACGUCAUGGCUCGAAAAUGUCGUCACGAUUUUUGCGAUAAGUUUGCUGUGGCGGAUAGCGACUGGUGCCGCUUGCACCAGAUAAGUUGUCAGGACGCUCCGUGUGUGCUAUGCAAGCUACAUGCGCUACCUUUGGAUAGGUUUGCGCCAAGUGAGAAUGAGAAUACCAAUCGAAGUCGAUACAACGCGAAUCUCAGUACAUCGACGUCAAAGGGGUUGAUGAGUGGGGGCGGUGGUAUUCCAUUUGGCCGGAACCCGCGGCUGAUGUAGUCCGGGAUGGCUGUUGUUGACGUCUCUUAGCAAUUGGAAAAUGAAUACUGUAGUACUUUAGGAAGAAUUCUCAUGACAAGAAACCCUCUCAUAGCAAAGAGAUGGAUGCGCUGCGAUGCUUCACGUGUAGGAUCCGGAAGUGAGGAAUUUAUGACCGUCGAAGUUAGCGGAGAAAUAUACGUAGUGGGUAAACGUGGUUCGAUCAAGUCCGCGAUAUCCAUAACAAUAGAUGAUCCAUGGUUACCAUGGUAACGUCACAGUCUCC